UAGCAUCUGAUUAGUGAUGUGUUUAUCAGACAUACAAUGUGUGUGUGUGUGUGUGUGUGUGUGCUCAUGUUCUUAUAUCUUGGUGGGAAACAAAUGUCCCCACAAGGACAGGAAUAUUUGACAGUGUUGUCCAUGUUGGGAUGUCUGGCUUGUCCCCACAAGGAAAACUGAAAGAGCCAAAAGGCUUCCCUUUGGUCACUGAGAUUAAGGUUAAGGGUAGAGUUAGGUGUAAGAUUGCAUUCAUCAACUGCAGGAAUAAUUACGCCAACUUGUGAGGAAAGUUCCUCACAAGGAUAGUAAGAGAAGAAGAGUUCAUUAUUAGCAUUCAUCUUUGAUUAUAAAGGAUUACGCUCCACCAGUAAUCCCUGCCAAAAGCGUGCAGUAUACACAGACUUCUGCGUGAAUCAGAAGAGCGAUGGCGUGAUAAACGUGUCAGUUUUAAGGUGAAGAAUGAGCACAUUUGCUGCUUAGUUUCUGUACACUAAUUGCCAUUUGUCGAGAUGAUGCAGUGCCUUCCAUAAGCGUUGGGUUUCUGCCAAACAUAGCGUUUUGUGCCAUUUUAGUCUCAGCAGUCUCCAAUUGGGAUUUCAUAUGGCUUUUUUUUUUUUUUUCAUACAUACUAUGCCACCAAUUGAAUAGUAACACUUGUCCUCUUGGUUAACUCUCUGACUAAUCCCCUCUUUUACCUGAUCACUGACUUUACGGCUUUACGGCUUAAUGGAUUUUUUUGUCAGUGACCCAAAUCUGCUCACCACCCCGAGAACCCCCUCCCCAGAGUGAAGCGUGGUGGUGGCAGCGUCGACCUUAGUCUUUCGGUUGCUUCUCUGAAUUGUGCCAUAUUCUUUUCAUUUUUAAAAAAAUAAUGGAUGGAUUUAAUGCAACUCUGCAUGAUUCUCGGCUUAUUUGUUUUCAUGAUGCUGCUUGUUAAGGUAUGUUCUCUAACUAACUCUGGUACCUUACAGCAAUUUUUAUUGAGAUCGCGUGAUAUUUUCAUCGCUAAUUAUGCGCCUGAAACACCCACUCGGGACAGUUCCACGCCUCGCCACCAGAGGGCUCUCCCUCUGAUAUUCUGGCUCAUCUACUCUUUCUCAUUGGUAAGCAGAAUAAAAACACCGGGUCCGAGCCGUCAUUUAUCUAGUGUGCCCUUCCAGUGUGGAUAGUUUGUGUAUUACCUCUGCCUGUUUACCUGGUUACUGUUACUCUGUUCUGGAAAUAUUGUGCUCUCAGUGUUUAACACUGGCCUGUUUAUUUAUUGUAGAUUUUGGACUGUGGAUAUUAUUCAUCAUAAACCUCCUGCACACGGACCCAUAACCGCCCUUCUGAGUCCUGUCCGUACAGUACAGAUCCUUUCUCAGCGCAACAGAACUGAUUUUAGGGGUUUCGCAACAACGGGGAUGAAUACGUACGCGACCACAAUUCCUACGUUUUUCUCUCGAGUGAAGUAUUAUGGGCUAUUUUGUGCCGAUCCAUGACGUAUAAUCCCGAUUAAAGUCCCUUCCAGUUCCAGGAUGUAACACUUCAAAAUGUGGAAAAGAUUUCGUUCACAAAUUCCAACACUGCCUAUACUGACAUAUAAAGAAUCCACCCAAAAGUUUCGAACAUGCCCGUACCCACGUCCAGGUCCUCAUCACCAAGAGACGGGUCUGUUCUUUCUCUUUUUCCAGCUCCCAUGCAAGACAAAACAGCUCCACCGUAAAAUAAUAACCUAGCACUUAGGGUUCUUAGGAAAGCCAUGACAAAUGAGGAAGCGUAUGAGAGAAGUCAGAUCAGACCAUCUGCAAUAUGCUUGCGGCACUUCCGUCCUUUACUCCUCCGCAACGUCUUACUCUUGACUUUUUUAUUCUUUCCUGUCUUAUCUAAUCUCGUUUAACUAAACAUGAGAAGCUGGUGAGGGAAAGACUGUUAUAAAGUAAGUGAUAACAGGAACUAACUUGUUUUAUGGAUGUUCUACAAGAUUAAAUGUAGCUGUAAAUAGAUUUUUUUUUUUUUUUAAAAAAAGUACUAUGUGUCAUUGUUUAAUAAAUAGAUUUUUCAAUCAUUGGCAAGCUGCUGCGGUUCAAGAGGAAUAAAACACGAGAAAAUAAUGAAAUUCCUGGUGGUAACAGUGAUUUCACGUGAUUUUCACAAUCGUUUAAGGGUUCACAGAAGGUAACACGAUACAUUAAGAGCAAGGGGGGUGUAAACUUUUGAACUCAAUGCUCAGUGUAAAUUGUUAUUAUUUUUUUUAAAGAUCUUUUUUUUUUCUUUUCCAUUUAGUUACCGCCCUGUCUCUCAGAAGACAAAACACUAACAAUUUACGCCGAUCAUCCUGUUCAAAAGUUUACACCCCCCAAGCUCUUAAUCUAUCGUGUCGUCUUCUCGAGCAUCGGUGAACGUUUGGACCUUUUGUAAUCGUUGUGUACGAGUCCCUCGGUCGUCCUCGGUGUGAAAAGACGGAUCUGGACAUCAUAUAGUCUGUUGGAAAGGAGUCGAAUAUGCAGAAGAUGCCGGAAAAGUAAAGAAUGUGCCGGACCUGGAGGAUUUUCCUGAUUGAGGAUUGGAGGAUUGUUUAAGAACAGUGGGCAGUUUAACUGCUCAGGAUAAACACGGGACUCGUGAAGAACUCUCACAGAACAUACACACAUCAUGUCGUGGAUCAUCCAGGUAACGACACACGGGAUUAAGGAUCAAGGGUUUGUCCUUCAGAAUCUCCUUCACUACAUUCGGCUCCUCCGAAGCCAUGAGUUACCAAUACGACCUCGACUUGAGAAUGAACCUCAGCGUCGAUCUCACUCCUGCCCCCCUGCAGCUCAACACGACCCCUAAGCCCUUCAGUGUGUUUGAUGGGUGUGACCACAUGGUGGAAGCCAUCCUGUUCGACCUGGCAGUUCAAACCUUUAACUUGGUGAUCGGAUUUCCGGCCAACAUCCUGGUCAUCACCAUCCUGAUCCGUAACCGGCACGAGCCCUCCACCUCCGACAUCUUUCUGGGCUGCCUGGCCUUCAUGGACGCCUACUUCGGUCUCAUGGUCCCUAUAAGCUUCCUCAACCUCUUCUACUGGAAGAGCAAGGAAGGUUGGUCUGCUCUGAAGUUCUCCUACGGCGUGAAGGACACGAGUGGGCCGCUGUUCCUUUCCUGCAUCUGUCUGGACCGCUUUGUCGCUGUGGUCUUCCCGAUCGCUUUUGGACAGUUGAAGCACGUUAAGUACAGGGUUGGCCUGGCAGUGUUUGUGUUCUGCCUCACCUUCGCGUAUGCCUCAGCUAAAACCAUCGGCGGCCUCCCUAACUUCGAGAAGAUCUUCACAGGAGAGGUCCUGGCCACGUUCACCUGGAUGUUGAUCUGCAACAUAUCCAUUCUGUGGGCCCUGAAGCGCUCGCGAGGUGCAGGCAAGGACGAGAUGCACCCCAUGAAGAAGAAAGCCUUCAAGAUGGUGCUCUCCAUCCUGUGCAUCAUUAUUGUUAACUACCUCCCUCUGGUGGCCAUGUUCCCCUUCCAGGAUCACUACUCACCUCAUGCCUUCACCUGCUACGUCCAGCCUGUGGGAUACGCCUUCCUGAACAUCAGCAGCAGCAUCCAGCCACUCGUCUACCUCUCUCGCCUGGAGAAGAUCCCCUUCCUGCCAGACUCUUUGGUGAGGAAGCUCCGCUGUACGAAAAAACCAGAGCAAUCGCCAGCUUAG